AAUAAUAACGUGGUCGUUGUCGCUGCGGUGGCGGCGGAGUACAGGACCGCUGUAUACACUCGGGCCGUAUUGUGUGGUCACGGUGCGCGUCGUCGUAUGGUAUCCGACGACGAUGACGACGACCAGAAUCUCGGAUCAGUCGCGGCAGUCGUGUCGCAGCGUCGUACGAGUACGCACGCACGCGAUCGCGGGUCAUAUUAUACCGAGUGUGGUAAUAAUAAUAACGUAUUAUUAUUACGGACGUCGUCGCCGCCAUUCGAAUCGAUUCCUCCACGCGCGCGUUCCAUCGCUUUUCUCUCGGGUCUCUUCUCGGUCACAGGUCGCGGGGACUUUGCCGGUGACGGCGAUGCCGGUGUGGGCCGCCGUCUAGAAUCCCGCCGAGUGGAGCGCUCGACCGUUCCGCGUGCACGUGUGUGUGUGUGUGUGUGUGUGUGUGUGUGUGUACCGUUCAACCGUCAUUGCAGUCCUCCGUCGCAGCUGUGUGUCGACGGUAUAGUCGUCGUCGUGGUUGUUGUGUCGUCGUCCGAGAUAUUUAGACAACAAUCACCAUGUCGGAAUACAGUGGUGAAGCCAAGUACCGACCAAAACGGUAUCAGUCUAUUGGCAAGUUAUUCAAAAAACGUGUUCCGAUCAUUUCUUGGCUACCCAAGUACGAUGCAGAUCAAGCUGUUAGUGACUUGAUCGCCGGGGUCACUGUUGGACUAACAGUCAUGCCUCAAGGGCUGGCGUAUGCUACACUCGCAGGAUUAGAACCACAGUAUGGUUUGUAUUCUGCGUUUGCUGGAUGCAUUGUUUAUACAGUAUUUGGUAGUUGUAAGGACAUUACCAUUGGCCCUACAGCAUUAAUGUCACUCAUGACUUACCAACAAGUGUUCAAUAGAAACGCCGACUAUGCAGUAUUAUUAUGUUUUUUGUCUGGUAUUUUACAGUUCAUUAUGGGAUCACUUAAAUUAGGAGUAUUGAUUGACUUCAUUUCCAUCCCAGUGACGGUUGGUUUUACAUCAGCUACAUCUGUUAUCAUAGCAGUAUCUCAAUUAAAAGGUCUUCUUGGCCUAAAGUUUGAAUCGUCCAACUUUUUAGAUUGUCUGUUGAAAGUUUACCAGAAUAUUGGCAAUUAUCGUGCCAAUGAUACAAUUCUAGGAGUUACUUCUAUCAUCAUACUACUUAUGCUUCGAAAAGUAAAAGAUAUUAAAUUAUUUGGACCUAAUGGUAAGCCAACCAACAAACAAAGGACAAUAAUGAAAGGCCUGUGGCUACUUUCCAUAUCUAGAAAUGCUUUAAUUGUGGUUGCUUGCUCAAUCAUUUCAUACUGGUGUUAUAGGCCAAAUGCAGAACCUUAUGUGACUUUAAUCGGAAAAGUAAGAUCUGGUUUGCCACCGUUAAAAUUUCCACCGUUUGGAACGGAAAUAAAUGGUACACCGGUCAGUUUCAUUAAUAUGUGUUGGGAUCUCGGGUCUUCCAUUAUAUUAGUGCCGGUGAUUGCUGUUCUUGGAAAUGUCGCCAUCGCCAAAGCAUUUGCUAGCGGAAAUUCAGUAGACGCCACACAAGAGCUUUAUUGUUUGGGCGUUUGCAAUUUACUGGGUUCGUUCGUUUCUUCAAUGCCCGUUACUGGAUCGUUUUCAAGAAGUGCAGUAAAUCACGCAAGUGGCGUUCGGACUCCUAUGGGCGGAUUGUAUACUGGUAUACUUAUUAUUUUGUCAUUGAGUUUAUUGACGCCGUAUUUUUACUUCAUACCUAAAGCAGCCCUAGCAGCAGUUAUAAUUAGUGCUGUUAUUUUCAUGAUCGAAUACGAGAUCGUUAAACCUAUGUGGAAAUCAAGUCGAAAAGACUUGAUACCUACGUUUGCAACAUUUGUUUUAUGCCUGGGCAUUGGUGUCGAACUUGGAAUUUUAGUAGGUGUUGGCAUAAACAUCAUGCUUCUACUUAUACCGUCGGCUAGACCAUUUUUGCACAUUGAAAUGAAAAAGUUAAGAACCGGUUUGGAUUAUUUACUAGUGACUCCAGAGAACAGUCUUUACUUUCCAGCUGUUGACUUUAUGCGAGCCAAAACAGAUCGAGCUGCUGUUAAAAUGGGACAGUCUAAACUUCCUGUCGUGGUUGAUUGUAAACAUAUACUUGAUGCAGAUUUUACAGCUGCUAAAGGCAUUGCUGGAUUAAUAAUGGACUUCAAAAGACGAAAACAGCCAUUAUGUUUUUAUAAUCCAAGAAAAAGUGUCUUGGCCGUUCUACAAGGUGUGUGUGUUGAUGAAAUUGUUCACUGUUUCACAUAUGACGAACUAGAACAAACCCUCAACGAUAUCAACUGUUCUGGAAAUCCAGCGGAAUUAAAAGACAUAGUACAUACAACAUCUCAGCAGUCACACGAAACUCCACUUUUAAACAGAAGACAACAUUAAGCACACAAGUUAUUCUUAGUAAUAUUUUCCUACAUGAUAAAUAAAUCUACUAUAGUUUAAUUUAUACAUUGUCACCAUGUACGUAUAUUUUAAAUAUUUAUUUUUGUGAAAUUUGUAAUAGGAAUACAAAUAUUGGUAAUGACAAAUUUUUUCGUAUGUACUAAUUAUGUUCACCCAUCAACAUUUAGAAACUAAGGAAUCAUAUUAUUUUAUAAUACUUUACUGUUAUUAAUAAUUGUAAUUUAAAUAUUUUUCUAAUAUUCACAAUUACACUCGUAUGUUGAAUUACUUGAGUAGUUUGUAUGACUGUUUGAAAAUAUUUUUAUAAAUAAGAGACAUGAAUAUUUUUAUAUAAGUUAAUUAAAUAAAAAAUAUUUCAUGUUUAUUUUUUUAAUUUAAUUCAAGAUAUUGUUUUUAAAUAAUGUUGCAAAUUAAUUGUUUUUGUAAGUGAAUUAAAUAAUCAAUAAUUCAAUUCAAUUUGAAGAAUAAUUUAUGUUUAAAAUGUAUUAACAUUAUUUGUACUUACAAUAUUUUUGUACAUUAGUUUUGAAUAGAAAAUAGUAUAUUUGUUUAUUUUUA